AGGACUGCUGGAUCCCGAUCUGCAGCAAGGAGUUCUGUUUCCCAUGCCGUCUGCAUUCCUGCCUGUCCACUCCAACCGCUGAAGGGUCUGCCACCUUAUAGAGUCUCCACGAUUUUAGGAAAAGGAAAAGGACCUCAGAUCUUCCAGAUCGCUUCCUCUUGCAGAAAACUUAUUUGGCACAGAAAGAUCAUAUUUAUGAAUUACUUAUGUAAAAACAUGGUAUAAUCCAGACUCCACAUCCAAAGCUGCUACUGCUGCUCAGGGAGGAAAAGGCCAUCAAAUACCAGAACCUUUCAACCUUCUCUGACCCUGCCCCAAACCCCAGGAAUAAAGAUGGCUGCUGCACCUACAGAACAUAAUUGCAUCAACCUUGUGGAAAUGAUAUUUGUUGGUGAUACACUUUACUUCAGAGCUGAAGACGAUGACCACCUGGAAUCAGAUUACUUUGGUAAGCUUGAACCUACAGUCUCAAUCAUACGAAAUUUGAAUGACCAAGUUCUCUUUGUUAAUCGGGGAAAGCAACCUGUGUUUGAAGAUAUGCCUGAUUCUGACUGUUCAGAUAAUGCACCCCAAACCAUAUUUAAAAUAUACAUGUAUAAAGAUAGCUGUGCCAGAGGUUUGGCUGUAACCAUCUCCGUGAAGUGUGACAAAAUUUACACUCUUUCCUGUGAGAACAAAAUUAUUUCCUUUAAGGAAAUGAAUCCUCCUGAUGACAUUAACGAGACAAAAAGUGACAUCAUAUUCUUUCAAAGAAGUGUUCCAGGACAUGAUGAUAAGAUAAAAUUUGAGUCUUCAUUGUAUGAAGGAUACUUUCUAGCUAGUAAAAAAGAGAAAGACCUUUAUAAACUUACUUUGAAAAAACAGGAUGACUAUGGGGAUAAAUCUGUAAUGUUCACUGUUCUAAACAAAAACUAAAAAUUAAAAUUUGUUUUCUGAG